AUGGCCAAAGCCUUCAGAGAAUUGAUUGGCAUUGGGCCGUCCACUGCCUCCACCAAGGACAGCGUGUUGGUCAUAAUCGAUGCACAGAAUGAAUAUGCAUCCGGCCAUCUGAAGACCGAGAACGUAUCCUCCACACGAAAAGCCAUUGCCGCCCUUCUCGAAAAGUACCGCGCUGCGUCUGCACCCCUCGUUCACAUCAUGCAUCAGACUCCAGCCGGAGCCCCUGUAUUCACACCGGAUACCGAUUUGGCCAGAGAAUUCGCGGAGUUAGAGCCAAAGGGCAGCGAAAAAGUGAUUAGCAAGCAGCAGCCUGGGUCGUUUACGGGCACAGAUUUGGAGGAAUUCUUGAAAAGUACUGGUAAGAACAAACUAGUAUUGACCGGAUAUAUGGCACACGUCUGUGUCAGUACUACUGCUAGACAGGCCGCGGAGAAAGGCUAUGAUGUCUUGAUUGCCGAGGAUGCGGUAGGAGACAGGAAUAUUCCCGGUGUUGAUGCUGAGCAGCUGGUAAAGGUUGCUUUGGCUGAGUUGGCAGAUGCGUUUGGGACUGUCGUGAAGUCCACCAACAUCAACUAA